ACGAAACAUAUCUUCGAGCUAAUUUGUCGUGUCAAUUCAAGGUGGUCAAUAGACAGGGAGGUCUUCGUAUUUACAGCUCGUCAGUGACUGAGGAGUCAAUACAGACCACUAACUCGUGUAUCAAGAGACACUGGUGUCUGCUUACACAUUGCUUACCCCACACAACAGUGUAGUUUUCUGAUGCCAUUUCGUGAUAACGUGAACUUCUCAGCAAUACCUGCAAAGACAUCGACCAUCAUCAACCGUCUUUCGUCCAGUCCCGCUGUCACAGCGAUAUCUGAAUCAAGYGCGAUUGUUGUAUGGGAAAGUUAUAAAGGUACAUGUACCCAACUGAGAAACUAAGACAGACGCUAAAGAACUGCUGUGUCUCGUUAAUUUUAGCAGAAAAAGAAGACAUUGUGGGGACAUAUUGGAAUUGAACUACUAACAUUGUGGGGACCCAAUUAGGCCUCUGCCUACAAGAUAUCAAAAUAAAUAAAUAAAAGAGACAGAACAUUCAAAAACCUUAAAGAAUCUGGGACGAUUGUGAUUCUUUAAUUAGAUAUUUGUCUGCCGGUACUUGAAGAAAAGGAAGUGGAUUUUCCUAACCUCGUUCAGUUGUGUUGAACGAUCUCAGAUAUCAAGAAGAGUGCGCGGCCUGACGAGCCCGGAAACUAAUUUUUUUACAAAGUAUCAACAAGCAAUGCUCGAAGAAAGAAAUAAUCUAAAAAUCUUUUAUUGGAGCAUCUUCAGCGUUUAUCGACGAUAUAUAUGGCAAACCCAGCUACCAUAUAAGAGGAGUAAAAUAUAUAUAUUGAUAAACAAUGUCAGCUACAAAAAACGAUUAUGUCAAUCCAACGUUUACGACGCUUCCUUCUAYCACAGACAACUCUACGAACCACACAACAACUGGAAUACCAUCUGAUGACAAUUUUUUAGUAUCUGGGUUAAUGAUGCAGUCUGCACUCUUACUGGUUGUGUUCGGGAAUCUUCUAGUCUUACUGGCUCUUUACAGCUAUAAGCGUUGGACAGCACCUGAUGUUUUGGUAUUCUCAUUAUCUUUAGCUGAUCUUUUGGAUUCUUUAAUAGGCCUGCAAACACUGACUGUAGUGAAGUAUUUUCUGAAGAUUCCAUGGCGAGAAUGGCUUUGUAAUGCGUAUGUAACUUUGUUAUACACGUUUCGUAUGGCUUCGGGAAGUACGGUUACCUUCAUGGCGGCCGAGCGGGCUUUCCUCGUGGUAUCCCCCAUAAAACAUCACACCAUGGUUAGAACAACUAGAGUCAAGAAAACUGUGCUAGGGGUUUGGCUGUUCUCUUUAUUCUUAAGCAUUUUACCGUUAACUGGUGUAGGACACUCGAGUUUCCGGCAGUAUGAUCGUGCCUGCUUGGUUCAACUUUUCGAUUUAGGGAUCUAUUUUGCCAUCAUCAUUGAAGUAAUUGGCUGCAUUCAUCUCCUAUUGACUCUUGGUAGUUACAUAGCCAUCAAAAUGUCGGCAAAGAAAUUCGUUCGGAGACAGACGACCAUGGGAGUAGCGACGAAGUCUCGCAAGCAAAGCAAGCAGGUGCUUUGUGAUCAAUCUCCCGAUAAAUCUAGAAAGGUUGGACGAGAUAGGAAGGAAAAGGCAAGUGGGGCAGGAGUUUCGGGAGUGAAGAGAUUGAACAGGAUGAUGGGGAUUGUAGUCCUCGUCUAUUACAUCAGUUGGCUUCCAUUUUUAUUCAACAACCUGGUGAGUCUCAUAAUCAAUAAGGAGCCAAACCAAAAGAUCUCUUUAUUUGCCGGGCUGAUUUCUUUACUUCAUGCUUUGGUGAAUCCUAUUCUAUACGGUAAAAUGAGCCAGAGGUAUCGCCGUGGUUAUGUGCAUGCCUUCAAGACCAUGUUAAURAUAUGCGGCGGCAAACGACCGGACAGACCAGAUAAAGGUAUAACAUCCUUCCAGUCCAUUCCCGCUCCGCCAGCAACGGGAGAACUCAACAAAUGCAAUGCUUUARAUAACCCUGCAUUCAACGGGGAUUCCGAAAGAAGCAUUCCUCAUGUCAAUCCUGUAGCCGAAAGAUAUCAACCAAUCGAAGAAACAGAAAACACGUAUGAAAUGAAAGAAAUCAUGGUACCUUUAGAGACUAACCAUGUCACGGAGGUCAUUGCUGACAAUAUUGCAGUCAAGGAGUAACAUAAAAAACCUGCUGAACAUUUGUUAUUUGGUCUUCAAAGGUAAUCAUAAGAAAGAAGAACCAAAAAAAAAAAAAAAAGGAGAUGGAUGAGCAGACCUUAAGCUUUUAUGGGGGGGAUGCACGUGCACCAUGUGCUCCCCCCUAGUUACAGCCCUGGUUUUCACGUUACGUCUGGUGGACUUCUAACAAAAGACUUGUCAUUGGGUGCUUUUGUAUCUGUCCUCCAGCAUGGCCGACAUGUCUUYGUCUUUUGAUYCUCUUGGGAAUGAUUGAAAGUGGUCAUAGACACCCCAGGACUCCCAUGGAUACUUCCGAUGCUGUGUUUAUCAAAGACUCGUAAAUAAUCAAGCAAUAUAUGCCGUAUUCUUCGAUUGCACGUUACGUCAUCGCAGCCAUGUUGGUGCCAUUUAACAAAAGAUUUCUCAUUAGCAUCCAUUGUKAACGGCACCACAAUGGCCRCCAUGCUYUUGUCUUUAAACUCUCUUGGGAAUGCUUGCAACCCAUCAAUACCAUAUAAGCCCUGCUUAGUCCUUACAAUGUUUGUAAAAAAUGUUUGAUCAAAAUAAUUAAGAUUUUACUAAGAUA